UUGGCUUCGGUGAGCAGCCAUGCAAGAAGAAGAAUUGCGGAAAGGUCCUUGGUUUGAGGAGGAAGACGAGCAGUUGACUGCUAUUGUUGAAAUCAUGGGGGAUAAGCGAUGGGAUUCAUUAGCAAAAGCCUCUGGAUUGCGGAGGAGUGGCAAGAGUUGCAGAUUGCGGUGGUUGAACUAUCUUCGACCCAAUCUCAAGCAUGGCCGAUUGAGUGGUGAAGAGGAGAAAAUCGUUCUUCAACUUCACAAGCAAUGGGGUAACAAGUGGUCAAAAAUUGCUCGAAGGUUGCCGGGAAGGACUGAUAACGAGAUAAAGAAUUACUGGAGAAGUCAUUUGAGGAAGAAAGCACAAGUCCAAGAGCAAGGAUACUGUGAAAGCUUCGCAAAAAAUGCGAAACAAGAAGUCUACAAUCCACCAUGCGAUACGAUCAGUAUAACAAGUGAUGGCAGUUUGAAAGCCUCUGAUGAUCCCCUUCACGCGCUUGAGUUAUCAAACUAUGCAAUUGCAAACUCGCCAUAUGAAAGCCGCUUAACAGAUUGGGCAUCGGGUUGGUUGGAGGAACAAAGUGAAGUGAGACACCACGGGGAUUGCCCGAGUUUAGGCUUGUGUUUCUGCUGUCCAGUGUGGAAUUCAGAAGACUGUAGUCACACUAGCAUAUGGAGCUCCUCAGGUCCCCUCUGGGACGUAGACUGAUUAUGCUGUCAUUCUUGAGUUCUGAGAAUUGAAUGUCGAGGAUCUUUUAACUGUUAAUACGACAAUCAAUAUUUCAACGUAUCUCUUUUUCUCAAAGAUUCUUCUUGUUCUUCUCUCUGUUCCUCCUCCUAUCUUCUUUUAAUAUGUGCAGAUGAGAGAAAGCAGUGGUCAAGUUGAGGUUGAAACUGGUUGGACCUUUACGAGAUUGGUUACCUAGUAACGGUGUAUAUUUAUGUUGAAGUGCGCGCCCCUGUAAUUUCAUCUCAACGAUGUGUUUGUGUGAGGGAAAAUUCCCAAAGAAGUAACAAACAUGCAUGCGAAAACAAAUGUGCCGAGGUAGAAAAUAAAGAAAGAAACACAUGUGGACUACAAAUAGAAGGCAAACAGCAAAGAC